AUGCUUCUGGACAGCAGCAGCAGCAGCAGCAGCUGCAGCGCGCCAAAACCCGAAACACUUGCAGGCAAAAGAGCAGCACCAGAAAUGGAAAAGAGGGGGCAAAAGAGAGACACCAGCAGCAGCGCUGCUGCCUUUUGCAUGCUGCAGCAGCUGCAGCGGCACGGCGCUGCUGCUGCUGCUGCUGCUGCUGCAGCAGGAGCAGCAGCAGCAGCAGAGCCCGCAGCAGCAGAGCCGCGCGGAGAAAGGAACGGCGACGAAGGCAGCGCCCGCUGUGAUCCUGCUGCUGCAGGUCCUGCUGCUGCUGCUGCUGGCUCUGCUGCUGCUGCGGCAGGUGCUGCUUCUGCUGCUGCUGCUGCUGCUGCUGCUGCUGCUGCUGCUGCUCCCUUGCGAGGCAUGAGUGUCUUCCGCAGCAUCACUUGGCCCACUGCGGAGCAGCAGGCGCCGCAGCAGCUGAGGCAGACGCCCAGCAGCAGCGAGCCCCCCAUCGCUGCUGCUGCUGCUGCUGCUGCUGCUGCUGCAGAGCCAGUAGCAGCAGAACAAGCAGCAGCAGUAGCACACGCUGCAGCAGCAGUAGCACACGCUGCAGCAGCAGUAGCACACGCUGCAGCAGCAGCACAAGAAGCACAUGCAGCAGCAGCAGUACAUGCAGCAGCGGCAGCAACAGCACAGGUAGCAGCGGCAGCAGCAGAAGCAGCAGAAGUAGCAGCAGCAGCAUCAGCACGAGUAGCAGCAGCAGCAGAAGUAGCAGCAGGAGAAGUAGCAGCAGCAGGAGAAGUAGCUGCAGCAGCAGUAGCAGCAGCACAAGCAGCAGCAGCAGCAGCAGUAGCAGCAGCACAAGCAGCAGCAGCAGGUGCAGCACAAGCAGCAGCAGCAGCAGCAGCACAAGCAGCAGCAGCAGCAGCAGCGCCAUGA